GGCAAAGUGCUAACCAUGACAGAGAGCCCAGCCCCGGCUCCGGCUGCCAAGCCCAAGUAGGUCAGGGUGCCGUGGCAGCCAGCGGCCCACCCCACCUACUCGGACAUGAUCAUAGCAGCUAUCCAUGCCAAAAAGAGCCACAGUGGCUCGUCCCGCCAGUCCAUCCAGAAGUACGUGAAGAGCUACUACAAGGUGGGCCAGCAUGCUGACACCCAGAUCAAGCUCUCCAUUCGUCGCAUGCUCGCUGGCGGAGUCCUCAAGCAGACCAAAGGAGUCGGCGCCUCCGGCUCUUUCCGCUUGGCCAAGGCUGCAAAGGCAAAGAAGUCACCUGCUAGGAAGAGGAAGAAGGUGGCCAGGAGAUCCGUGUCACCUCGGAAAGCAGCUACACCCAGGAAAGCCAAGUCGCUGGCAAAGAAGCCCAAAUCUGCCACCAGGAAAGCCAGGAAGAAGUCAAGGGCCAGCCCAAAGAAAGCCAAGAAGCCAAAGACUGUUAAGGCCAAGUCGCUGAAGGCGUCCAAGCCCAAGAAGGCAAAGCGGUCAAAAACCAAAGCCAAGUCCAGCGCCAGGAAAUCGCCCAAGAAGAAGUGAGAAGUCUAGAGGCAUUUUAGUACUCUCCCCGUUGGUUUCUGUAAAUAGCUU